UCGGGCAACACCGACCAGGUCAAACGUCAAGUUAAAGCUGCAUAUUUCAAUAAUGUGUUUUAAUUAUUAAAAAUGUAAAAUAUUAGGAAUUACAGUGAUAAAUGGAUGUACCACAUCCUAAUUAAAGUGUGAAAGUGUUAUCAUAAGUUUUCAUGCAGCCUGUGAAGCCAAAUAUUGACGACAAAAGUACGACAACUGUCAACGGAGUAACGUUCAAGAUUUAAAAUUACACCGUAUUUAGUGGUGUUUUUUGGAAGAUAUUUACAGUGUUACAGAACAAACUACUAAGAUGACAACACGUCGGGAUGUGAUAAUGGCUAGAAUGAAGCAACUACAGGAAGAACUUAAAUUAGCUAAUGAGUUCAACAAAAAGCUCCUUCAGGAACAGGAGGAGAGUGAGCAGGAGAUUGAGCGUGUUGUAAGAACAAACACAAGCCUCAAAAAUCAGCUAGCCAAUCAAGAUGUCGAGUAUGAAGACCUGCAAGGACAACGAGAUGAACUCCAGGCAGUCGUAGAAAGGUUCCAGCAUUGCCAAGAGAUACAUGAGCAGGCAUUACAACGCAUCCGGGACCUCGAGCAGCAACUGCAGGAGUCGGAUUCAAAACGGUAUUGCAAGUAUUGCUCCGGGAACUCCGCUCCGGCUGAAAACAAUUUAAAUCCAUCGAGCGGGUACCCGGUGUGCAUGGACUCGCCUGCGCCUGCUCGGCGGCGCCCCGCCGCGCCGCACUCGCCGGCGCUCCGUGCCGCGCUGGCGGCGCCGGGGUCGCCCGCGCUGCGUGCCUUGUUCGCGCCGCGCCCGAGCCCCGCGCCCGCGCCCGCGCCCGCGCCCGCGCCCUCUCCGCGCCGCGAGCCCGAGCCCGCCGCCCGCCGCCCUGUCCCGCCGAGCCCCGCCGUCGCCGCGCCGGCUCCGUCGCCGCCGAGCCUCCUGCGGCUGGCUCUCGAGCGGCUGACCGUCGAACCUGAGCCGCGGUCGCCGGCCCCGACACCGUCGAGCCUCCUGCGGCUGGCUCUGGAGCGGCUGACCGUCGAGCCUGAGCCUCGGCCGCCGGCCCCGUCGCCGGCGCGCGCGUCGAGCGCGGCGCCCGCCCCGGCGCCCGGCGCUCCGCGCGCGCGGAGCCGGGACCCUCCGCGGUCGACGGUCAUCUAUUCUGACGCAAUCGGGGCCGGCCUCGGCGUGCUGCUGGGUGAAUGUCUCCGGCAAAGUGUAACAAAUGUGUGUUUGCGUGGUGCCUCCGUCGAAUCGGUCGUGCGCCGCCUGGCGAGGGACAAGUUUGACAGUGGCACCACUCUGAUUAUACACCUCGGCGAUAGUGUGGGUGUGAAGAGAUCUCACGUGGGAUCCCUCAUACGCACGCUGUCCGACAUUGAGCGACAUGGAAUUUAUAAAAUUAUUUUAUGCUCUUUUCCGUAUUCCGACUCUGUUUCCCAUGAGCACAACGUUAGAGUGUCGGAGUUAAAUUCCAUGUUGUACAAUGCGACUUGUUACGAAAGCGCUUACCAUUUUAUUGAUCUGAACAUUAUGUAUAAAAGAAAUAAUUACCGUUUUAGACUAAGAGAUAAUUAUUUGAAUGUACCACGGAAUUGUAAAGUGACGACAGCAAAAUUACUAGCUUACAACGUAGAACCGGGGUUUUUUGACAUUUCGGCCAGUGGCAACGGUGCCGGCCGCGCGGCGAGCGCCGGCGCGUGCGCAGCCUCCCCCGCGGGCCGCCCACAGCAUUUAAACUGACGGCUGAGACAGCGGAGAGGCCCCGUGAGCUUAGGUUAGUUCACCAAAACCUACAGGGCUUCUCCAGCAAAGAGUUAGAGGUGGUUCUUUUCUUAGAAUCACAAGAUAUUGAUGUCAUGUGCGUUACGGAGCA